GAAUAUUUUUAUAUUAAUUAAAAAAAAUUUGCUUUUGAAUGGGAUUGGUUCUUUGAUUGGUCCGAAUCCCCAGAAGAAGCUUACAACAACACAGUCUUUAACUCUGUUUUCAUAUGAACACUCUUCAUCCUUACAAGCAGCAACGACAAGAACAAGAACAAGAACAAGAACAAGAAGCUAGACACGAAUGGGAUCUUUCUCUCUCCACCGUCGUUUCUUCCUCCUCCUCCUCCGCCUCCGACGUUAUCGGUGCUAUUGAGUUCGAUCCCACUGAUAACAUCGUCGCUACAGCCGGGAUUUCUAGAAAGAUUCGUUUUUACGGCCUCCCUUCCCUCUUACGUACCAGCGCCGCCGUCUCAGGAGGAGUUUCUUUCGUCGAUCAAGCCACCGCCUGCGAGUAUUACAUCUGUACGCCGGCGAAGCUCAGUAGUCUACGGUGGAGACCCGGGUCGGGUGGUCGGGUCAUCGGGUCGGGAGAUUACGACGGUGUAGUGACCGAGUACGAUCUCGAGAAGAGAACGCCCGUGUUCGAAAGGGACGAGCACGGUGGCCGACGCGUGUGGAGCGUUGAUUACACGCGUCACGGCGACUCGUCCGCCAUAGGCGCGUCUGGAUCGGACGACGGGACCAUGCAAGUGUGGGAUCCGAGGUGUCCACCGGAGGAAUCUUUAGGCCUCGUACGGCCGGCGGGGAUAUGCCGGAGCGCCGUUUGUUGCGUCGAGUUCGAUCCUUCCGGCGGACCAGCUGUGGCUGUCGGCUGCGCUGAUCGGAAAGGGUACAUUUACGAUAUGAGAAAACUCGUUGACCCGGCGUUGACUCUGCAAGGACAUAACAAAACGGUGUCGUAUGUGAGGUUCCUCGACGGUGGCACGGUGGUGACGGCAGGCACGGACGGAUGUCUGAAGCUGUGGAGCGUGGAGGACGGGAGCGUGAUUCGGACGUACGAAGGGCACGUGAACGGUAGAAACUUCGUGGGGUUAUCAGUGUGGAGAAACGGCGCGCUGUUUGGUUGUGGAUCGGAGAACAACAAGGUGUUCGUGUAUGAUAAGAGGUGGGGAAAGCCGGUAUGGGUAGACGGGUUCGAACCGGUUGGUAUGAAUUCUGGUUCGGAUAAGCGGUUCGUGAGUAGCGUCUGCUGGAGGCAAUCAGGUGUGGACCAGUGCACGCUAGUGGCUGGGGGAUCUGAUGGAGUAUUACAGGUUUACGUGGGCAAAAGAAAGCCAUAAUACUAUUCUCCUUAAUUUUUUAUCAAUUAAGGAGAAUGAUGAUGAUAUGAAUUAUUAUGAUGAUGAUGAUAAUGAUGAUGAUGCUUCUUAGUUUCUUUUUCAUGUUUUUUUUUUCCAAAUUUAAUUUACUACUUGAGGUUGAUUUUUUAUUCAGUUGUGAGAGAAUUUGAUGUUUUUUUUGUUGUUGUGUUUUUCUUAUAAAGGAAUUUUUUUUUUUACUUGUUCAUUGGUUUUUUUAUUGUUAGCAGAAAUUUUGGAUUUGUAAUCCAUAAAUUAUCAUUCCCUAUUUUCUCA